AUGGGGCAAAAGAACGCAAAAACAAACAACGAAGGAAUUUUCCAAAUCAAUAACGAUGCAUAUAAUAGCAGGUACAGUAACCUCAACUACAAUCAUGCCGGUGAAAUGAAUCCCAGAAAUUACAACUUCAGCAAUAUAAAGGUUGUGGAGGAUGACGAAAAUUACAGUUGCAGCAUGAAUCCUGCGAGCAAUGUGGCCGGGGGGAAAAUGGGAAACCAUCCUAAUGGCAGCAUGCUAGACCAUCGUAAGUUUCAACUCAAAAGUGACGAUAUGAAUCCAGACCAUGGUAGAUCCCACCAAGACUACGCGAGAGUGAAUCGAGAAAAUUGGGGACUUGGGGGGGACCACCAUAAAGGCAACGCCUCCGGGCCCUAUCACCACAGGUUCAAUAACGACAUGGGCUUCCUAACCCAAAAUAGGGUCAGCAAUUCGGAGACGCACAACCCAAAUGGAAAUAACAACCCAGACAGCCUUCACCCCCAUCAGUACAAACAUAACAAUAAAAUGUCAGAUGAUAAAUAUGAGCAUCUUAAGAACAAAUGGGAACCCCCCCCUAGUUAUCUUUACGGCAACGCGGCUCCUCCGAUUGCGCCUCCGACUGCGCAUCCGACCGCACCUCCGACCGCACCUCCGACUGCACCUCCUAUCGCUCCACCAGUAGGGGCCACUCAGAAGAACAAAGCCGACCUGUAUGACAACGCAGGGAAGACAACCCCCCCGUCUUAUGGAACCCACUUUAACAUGAACACUCUCUAUAGCAACUUUAACAACAAUGGGGGUCAAUGGAAAAACAUGACUGUACGUCCCUUCGUCAACAGGGAUAACAUAAACUAUGAUGAAUAUGAAGGAGGGGGUAACUACCAGGAUAAUCACAUGGGUAGUCAACCCAACGCACCUAUCUUGGGAAAGAAUAAACCACCAGACAUCGAUGACAUUAUUAAAAAAUACACAGCGAAGGAAAAUCAGGAGGAUAAUUUCAAACUCAAUUGGGGCUACACAAAAAACGAAGUGACAGGGGGAGAAGUCUUCAAAGGUGGUAAUAAGCAUAUGAACGACGGCCAUGUGAGGAACUACCUCCCUAGUGAGGACAGAACUGGUAACCACGCGAGUUCCAACGUCAACUACACACCCCAGCAUAAUGUGCUGUAUGGCUUCAAUCAGAACGGGGGGUACCUUCCCAAGGCCCUCAACUCGGUCAACCCUUCUAACGCCGCUAACCCCGCCAACGCCGCCAAUGGAGGGGGUGCCCCCCUGCUGUACCCCAACUUUUCCUCCCUACGGAAUAAAGAAAAGGACGAGGAAGAAAAAAAAAGAGAGAAAAAAAUCAACCUACUGAAAAACAUAAUCAUAACGAACCCUAACCCUAAGUACAAUUUUAGCUUCAGUGACGACCUGUACGAAAGUCUACCUGCACAUGAAAAUUAUUAUCUCAAUACAAGUUCCCUUGCCGACUUUAACCACAUGGCAAAUGGGAACCAUGCACACCAGGGCCAGAACGACAUACUCGGGGAAGGUCUGCAAAACAGGGUAAGUGCACACAACAAUACAUACGAUGAUUUUAACACACCGGAGAAGCUCAAUGAGACGCCAGGCAUAACGAAUAGGCACCACUUCAAGAGUGAGAUAGCUCCGGUUGACGAGGAUUGUUAUGCGGAGAGGUUCGGGGGGGACCGCUUUGGGGGAAAUCGCCUUGGGGGAGACCGCCUUGGGGGGGAUCGCUUCGGGGGAGACCGCUUUGAGGGAGACCGCUUUGAGGGAGACCGCUUUGUGGGAGACCGCUUUGGCGUACAGAAAUAUGCAGUACAGAAAUACGGAGUGGAUAACGUCCCACGGGACAACCAGGCGCAGGACAUGAGGCGAAACGACGAGAACUUCCGCUACGAAAAGCCCAGCACGGAUCGCGAAUUCGGACAGAACCCAUUCCCGAGGGGGGAGUCAAAUAGAGAUUCCAACCACGCAUUAAGAGAUAGAGAUAAGAGCAGUAUAAAGCUGUAUGAUGAAAACUCCAAGCAGAGAGCAGCCACCGCCCUCGGCCCUUUUACGAACAAUACGAGGCUUCACAACAUGAUGGAUGUACACCCCAACCAGGAGAAUAAGCCUCCUCCGUUGAUGGACUUGCUGGAGAAUAGGCCUUCUAACAACACGGGGGAGAAAAUUUUUGGCAGACAAAUCGACCAAUAUGGAAAAAUGGGUCAGUUGGACUAUCUUAAGAAGUUUGAAAAUAGCACUCACCACGUGAGUGAGAAUGUGUUCAGAACGUCCGAGGGAGGGGGAAGGAACGAGUCGGCUAGACAUUACGGUGUCGCUGCUCAGUAUGGCGGCGCUACUCAGUAUGGCAGCGCUACUCAGUAUGGCAGCGCUACUCAGUAUGGCGGUGCUACUCAGCAUGGCGGCGCUACUCAGCAUGGCGGCGCUACUCAGUAUGGCGGCGCUACUCAGUAUGGCAGCGCUACUCAGUAUGGCAGCGCUACUCAGUAUAGCGGCGCUACGCAACAUGGUGGUGCUGCCCCCCACAGAGGAGACGCCUUUUCAAACAUUAACAGCGUGAAUAUUUUCAAAACGCACGCGAAGAGUGGAGACAACUACGAGGAGGGAUCUCUGCUCAGGAAGAACCAAAUGAACGAAGCAUCCAAACAAACGAACAGGUACCUCCAGGAUAAUGUUACAAAACCGAGCAACAAUCUGUUCAAUAUGGAAAAUAUUUUCCAAUCGGAUAAGAGAAAUGGCCUCCGUAACGAAGUGGAUAAGUCGUCUCCCAUUGUGAGGAAUGAGGGUCCUUCUCAUAUGUACAUGUUUGAUAGAGAGAGGAUGAAUCCCAAUCUUGAUCUAUCCAUUCGUGAAAAUAAAAACUUCACCUAUAGGGACGACAAAGACAUCAUGCGUCGCCCCUACUUUGACAAAACUGGGAGAACUUUGUUUGAGCCCUACGACGAUCCAACGUUGAGGAGCAGGCAGUAUGGCCACGUUAAGGAUCCCGUGAAUGGCCACUUCAAUGCCCAGUUUAAUGCCCCCUUGAAUGGCCACUUCAAUACCCCCUUGGAUGGCCACUUCAAUGCCCACUUCAAUACCCCCUUGGGUAACAACUGGGACGUGAAAAAAGGGGGGAGCGAGCGGGACGCACUGAGAGAGGGAGAUAACUUUAGGAAUCACAUCGAACAGCGCCGAGAAGACGAACAGUUGGGAGCCAUCUGCAUGAACAAGAACAAGAACGAUGACGAUAACGAUGACGAUCACGGUAACGAUAACGAUAACGAUAACGAUAGCGGUGGUUUAUUUCGCAGGUCGAACGUCCACUUGUUGAGUGAAAAAAAAAACUCCAGGCAUUUUGGUGAGGCCAUCAAUUUUGGUGAGGGCACCACUCCAACAGGGAAAUUACCUAUCCGUGAUGAACCCACGAAGGAACACAUACAUCACAAUUCGCAUUACAACACCCAAAGGAGGCUAAGCAAACCUCCCAACUCUUUAUUCAGCAAUUACCAUACGACUGUGAAGACGAACCCGAUGCAUGACCACUCCACGAGUGUUACUUCGAACCACCAUUGGGUAGGAAGCGGAGGAGAGGGAGGAGACAGAGGAUUGCACAACUUCGCCAAGCAACAAAACGAGAGUGCCAUCGCGAAAAAGUUCAACCACAUGACAAGUACAAAGUCUUACAUAGACAGGUACAAUGAGCAGGACGAAAACAAAACGACAGCAACUAUGCUCAAGCCGAUUAAUCCCUCCUCAUGGAAAUAUGAAACUAACCAAAAUGUAAUGGUGCCAACCUCGAAUGUAAGUUUUAAAACAAAUUACAACCAGAUAGAGAACGAUAUGCAAGGUGGCAAUUUAAUGACUCUCUUUAAUAACGAUGCUAAGAAAAAUCUGCUCGGUGGAAACAGAGAUUGUGAGAGUGGGGUGCUUAACGGAGGUGCCAACUGGGGGGGAAACAACAAUAACUUCGGAACCACCGGCGCGAAGGCCUUUCUGGGAAUUCUCAACGAGGAACAGAACAGGUAUGCCAACUUGUUGAACACCGUGGGGAGGUACACCCCGAGGGAUGGCACUGUACGCGAUGGCACCGCGAGGGAUAUCAGCUCUCGAGAUGCACACAACCCCCUAUCCAACUACACAAACAAGAAGCCCUUCAACCCAAGCGGCACGCACAACUUCACCUUCGUCAAGCAGCCCCUGCACAAGCAACUUCCCCCGCUGCCUUUUAAACACACGGGGAAGCAGGCCAACCAGGACGGGACGGGCCAAACAAAGUUGAAGGCGCUGGAAGCUGCGGGCAGGCCGAAGCUGGGCGAGGGGGGGGGCGCGUUCGGCGGGGGCGGCAACACCCUUUUGGGAGGCUUCAACCACUUGAGCGGCUUCAACCACGGCCAUCUCGCCAACCAACCGCAUGCCACCCACAGCGGUAAUGGAAACCUCUUAAAGAACAACCUGGCCCCGUUCAGGGAGAAGAACGCGUAUUUGGGUACCCUGUCCGAACUCCCCCCCUUCGACAGAUACAGCGACGGAAAGGACGUGCUGCAGAGGAGGGCUGAGCUGUUCAACCACAAAAACGAAUCGAAGGAGUGCACGCUGAAAAAUGGGAACGCCCAGUUUAGUAGUUACCUUAGUAGCAACCUUAGUGGUUAUCCCGACCAGUUGUGCUUUCCUAACGAGAAGAAUGCCGCAGGGAGUUUGUUCCACAGAAAUGGAAGGAGCAAGUAUAGCUACGGGGAUGUGGUAGACGGUCAUUUGGCUGGAGAACCACUUAGUGGAAAACUGCUUGGUGGAAAACUGCUUGGUGGAAAACUGCAUGACGCAAAACUGCAUGACGCAAAACUGCAUGACGCAAAACUGCAUGACGCAAAACUGCAUGAUGCAAAACUGCAUGAUGAAAAACUGUUUGGCGCAAAACUGCUGGAUGGAAAUCCCUUCCUGAACAAGGAGAGGGAGGAAGACGUUCCGAACGAUAAGUGGCUGAGUCGAGAAAAUCUGAACCUGAGCUUGCUGCCAGCCGAGGGCGAGAGGGGAAAUAAGAACUUCGGCUACGAUAGGGAAAGACGUAUAUCUCUAAGCAAUAACAUUUCGAUGCUUCUCGAAAGGAUAAGUAACAAUUCGGAUAGGAAGACUGCCAUGAAUGACUUCAUGACGAAGCACAGAAGCAGUGAAAGCUCCAACCUCUGCGUCAACACAGUUAACUACAACGAUAAUUUGAAUUUGGACACACAGCAGUUCGUAAUUUCCGACCACCACGUGUGUAACUUUGGCUUAUGGACAUUAUACAGAUGCAAAUUAAGACAUGAUAAGGUCUCCUUCCUUGUAAGCAUCGUCGACUCGUUUUACCUGAACAGAGGGGAUAGCAACGAUACAGUAGCGAAUAAUAUCUUAUUCCACAAAAGGCUUAGGCACAUGAAUAUUUUAUCGUAUGAAGGGAAGACAGCUGAUAAGAACAAGCUUUAUUUACUGUUUGAGCACGUGCAUGGGAAUGUGCUGAAGUCUCAGAGUGCACCUCUCGAGGAGAAUAUCAUCGCUUCCUACGCGUACCAAAUUGUGGACCUUCUGGAGUACAUGCACGCCAACUUUAUCUUCUUUCACGGCAUCCUGUCCAACAUAAUCAUCCUGCAGAAGAACACCCGGGAGGAGCUGCUGCAAAUCCUGCACGAGCGGAACAAAAACGUGAACAAGUACUUCGACAUCUACAAGCACGGCAUCGUUAAGGUCUUCAACUUCGACUUUGCGAACAUGGACGCAACCGAGAAGGACUAUCAGUUUGACUUCCUUUGCCUGGCGGUGCUCAUAUAUGAAAUGUGCACCAAAUACAACACCUACUAUUCGAGCAAAUUUGAAGACAUAACAGAACGGAUAUAUAACACUGACUUCUUCUUCCCGCAUUUUGUUUCCUUCGAGUUGAAGAACUUUUCUGUGCUCGAAAAGAAGACACUGCUUUAG